AAAAAAGUGACACUUAGUUCCAAAAAAAUUAAAGCAAAUAAUCAUGUACCUAAUACACACACGUGGUAUCGAUCCCCGUUCUUAAGACUGUCAACCGAGUGUUUCUUAUUUACGCCAAAACAAACAUCAAAGAUUUAAAUAUGUAUAGAAUACCUUUGGAUAGUAUAAUUAUAAAAUUUAUUAUUUUUCCCAAAAAUUAGGUUAUUUGAUAAUUGUUUUAUUGUUUUAAAAGCAGUGAUAAGCUCAGUGAUGUCUUAACUCGAUUUUUAAAAGUAAUUAGAUACGAAUAAAAGUUCUCAGAUUAGAUUACACAGUACGUAGUGUAUGUGGAAUUAGAACUGCAAUGAGUCAAGUUUAUGAAUAAAUUUCUAAUUUGCGUACUUAGUCAUUAAUAACAAGUGUUCAUUUAUGAAGUCGUCGAGAGUAAGGCGUGUUUGUUGUUGUUAUUUGCCGUAAAAUCAUAAAUUAAUUUGUAAAAAUGGUUGUGAGAAUUCUGAGGCGUGUUAUUUGCUCUAAUUUUGUAAAUUAUGGCUCGAAAAUAAUAGGAAUGCUGGCACCACUGCUGGUACCUCCAUUGCAUAUCUUAUUUCUUUAUUAUUUCUGGCAAGAAUUCGCAAGAGAUGUCGAUAAGCAGUAUUGUUCGUGCAGUUGUUGGGACACUGUGUUCAAAGGGUCAUACGAAUCAGGAAUAGCUUCUUACAAGCACAUGUACUUCAAUGCUACCUCAAACACGAUUAAAAUAUGGGUGAUUGUAGUGAUCGGUGUAGUGACCUUCUACGAAACGACAAAGUACUUGGCGAGACUGGCGUUCCACUGUAGAUUGAGGUACGGAAUGCUGGUACUAUUCAUAACCUCGACCUUUUCGCACUACUACUCCUGGUGGGUCUACAUUAAUUACCUGAACGACGACUUCUACUCCCAGUGGUACCACCAGCUGUUCUUUACUGUUACCGAGCUGAUUUCAACUAUUUUUGUAAUAAUAUUAGCGGAUAAUAAGUACCCGGUGUCACACAGAAAGGCGUUCAUUAUUGCUGGCAUUGCACUGAUGCAUAUUUUUGCCGGCAGCUGGGAUCAGUUUGUCGCUAAUGUUCUACGCGGAGAAGGAUACGCUCAUCAGGUGAUACGAGAUUUAGGAUUCAUGAUCCCAGACAUUUUACACGUGAUGAUACCGCUUUGCCUAGUAACCUGGCGAGACCCAAACGUACUUCCAGAUUCAAAUUCUAAAAGUUUGUUAUCGAAAAAAAGUAACAAACAUUUAUCAUUAAGUAUUAAAAGAGACUUAACUUAUAUGCUAGGAUUGAUAGUUGUCGGCCUCUGCAUGUGUUCGAUUUUAUAGUUACAUUGAAAUUAAUUUAAUUAAUAAUUAAUGAAUAACACCAAACAUUAGAUUUAUUUAGCGAAAAAUUUUAUCGAUAAUUUUUGAGAUUCUUGAUGAAAUUAUUAAUGUACAUAUUUUAUUAAUAUUAAUUACAAACUCAAUCAAUGACUUAUGAGCCUCGAACUUGAACCCCGUUAUUUUAAUUAUUUUUAAUGUAAUUUAAAUAAAGACUGGGGGUUUUUAUUACCGCAAAUUAUUAAAAUUGUUAUGUAUAGUGUAUUUUGAUAUAAAUAUUUUACUCGGUUAAAUUUUUAUUAUAUUAAUCAAAAUAAAUUAAUAAUAUUUAUUGUGCCGUUGAUAGACUUAUGUAAUCCAUAUCAAAUGAGUUAAUCAAAGAUUUAAGUUUAAGAUAUAGAAAUGUUUAACAUAUAUAUUAGAAAAUGAUACAUAUCCAACCGUACCUUGUAGUAAAAAUCAACAUUUAUAAAUUAUACAUCGUGAUUUGAGAUUAAAACAUUUGAUUAAU